AUGGAAGCAACAAAGGGGGUUCAUUUUGAAGAUUUCUUGCCGAUUAUAGCGGAAAAGCUAGGAGGUGAAGGGUUGAUAGGAGAGCUGUGCAACGGGUUUCAGUUGUUGAUGGACGGUGAUAAGGGACUCAUUACAGUUGAGAGCCUCAAGAGGAACUCUGCUCUUCUUGGGUUGCAAGAUUUGAGAGAUGAAGAGUUGGUAAAUAUGGUGAGAGAAGGUGAUUUGGACGGUGAUGGUGCUCUCAAUCAAAUGGAGUUUUGUGUUUUGAUGUUCAGAUUGAGUCCUCAGUUGAUGGAUGGAGCUGAGAGAUUGUUAGAUGAAGCUCUUUUACAAGAUUUGAUGCAUAAUUGA